AUGGAGAAAGUGCAGAAGAAGAGCUCACACGCAGGAAAAGGGACGGAUUUGCACGCCCUUUGCAAGAAGCACCUUAAAAAGAAGGUUUUAGAAUCGGCUUUUUUGGAGGAAAAAAUCCACGGAGGCCACAUAUACCACUCGAAUUCCGUCGGAGAGUGUGCAGAAGCUCUCUCUGGGGAGUGCUCAAACACGGUGGAAAGCACGGAAGAGUGCUCUGGGAUAGACUAUAUCGUCUUCCUGAAGGGCCAACUGACAAAUUCCCAGGAAGUACCUGAAAACAUCUCCAGACUCGCCCGGGAAAUAUCCCCCCUGAGAACCACGCACGAGCAAAGGGUCGGAUACGAGACACUGCUCCUUCUCGUGAAGCAGAUGCGGAGAUCGCACCCGAAUAACCUGAAUGACCCGAAUAACCUGAAUAGUCCGAAUCCUGCAGGAGAAGAAGCCCCUGGAGAGUGCGAGGAGGCUCUAGUGCCUCUUCUCGAUCAGGCAAUGGGAAAUUCCCACUUUGUGAUUCGGAAGGUCGUAAAGUCCGUGGUGAAGGAGAUGCGGGGAGUCCAAGGCUUUUCUCUCCUGCUGGAAAAUAGUCGAUGGUCCCCCCAGAGCAGGACUGAGCUUAUGCUGGCGAUGAAGGAGAAAUGCUCUCUCUCUGCAGGCGAUGUUUUCCUCCUGAACGAGAAGAAGUCCGGGGAGAAAGUGGGAAAACUCCUUCUCCUGACGGAGUUCGGGGAAUAUGCAGAGUCCCUGAAGGAGGUGGAUUUCAACAGUGUAGGAAGCAGGAAUGUGCGAAUACUCGCAGAGGGAAUGCAGGAGUCCGAUAGAAAAGGGGUUUUUGAGGUCCUUGUACAGUGUGGGUCGGAUAACUGCGUCUUUUUUGCUCGGGACUCCAGGAAUCUCCCAGGAUUCGUCGUUGAAAGGUGUCACUCCGUGGAGAAUGAGCACGUUCGCGUCGAGUACUUCGAAUGUCUCGUGCAGAGAUGGGACUCUGGAGAGUCUCUCGAACUGGCCUGCAAGUGGCUGGAGAGUAACCAAAUAGUCCUCGUGUGCGAGAACCAGAAGAGAGUCCGAGCACUUUUCUGGACUCUCAUCCGAAACCUCCGGAAUAGCGUCAUCACGAAGCACGAGUACCUUCUCUCCAUCGGGGAAGUCUCUGAAAAAGUCUCUAGGAGGAUGGGAUACUUCCAGAGGAUGGUGGAGACAGUUCUUUCCAUGGCCCACGGGAGCAACUACUGCCGAGUCCUGCAGGGAGUCCACCUCCUGAAGGGCCUGGUCGAGAAUCGCAUCACGAGAAAGUACGUCCCAGAGAAAAGAUGGAGGAGUGCAGUUGUAAAGGCCCUCUCAGACGCGCAUAAGGAGAUUCGAGAAGUAUCUGCGACGUAUCCCGUAUCCCUCUCUUGCAGGGAAGUGAGAGAGACGAUUCUAUUCGGGAGGGAGGCAGACCUGCACGGAAUGACUCUCCUGUUCACUGCGGAGUUGCGGAGGAGGGAGAAUCUCUCGGAAUUUGUCGGGGAACUUGUCGGGAGAAUCCGGGGGAAAGAGCCGGGUCAGGAUGUUCAUCGGGAAAUAUUCGUGCUCUGGAGCGUAUUCAAUGCCCUCCCCAGGGAGAAGAUUCUCCUCGAAGGAAAUCGCCUGAAUCCCGUUAUUUUAACGGAAAAAAGGAAGAAAAAGACGCUGAAAAUUCCGGAAGUUCCUGUGGAGUCAACGUACACGGUGGAAGUACGGGCAGAUCUGGGGGAGAUAUACAGGGAGUGCAUCCUCCCGGAGUUCCAGGCCUCUUUGCAGGUGCUGCAGACUCGGGAGAUAUACGUCUCCGAGAAAAGGGCGAAGGAGAAUGCGGAGAGAGUGCACGAGAAAGGGGAGAAUUACGCGGUGAGAUGGUACGCUGUCAGGGAGUGCAUCUCCUUUAUGACAGUCUAUGCAAUCACAAGAAACGAUCUUUCUCCGUUGAACGAUCUUAUAAACGGACUUCUAACGGUAGGAGGGCACGUGGGCCUGAUUAUGAUGGCUUCUGACGCGGUGAAGAACAUCCUCGUGCACAGGGACAGCCCAGAGGAGACUCUCUCCCUGGCGAAAUCCCUUUUCCAGGAGAUUCUCCGGAGAGACCUGAAAAAUAUCCGUCGAGACGGGGGAAUUCCGUACGCUUUUAAGGCAGUGAGUGCCUCCGAGGGAAAUAUCAGGGAAAAAACAGCUACUCACUACAUCAUAAGAAGAUGCCUGGAAAGUGCCUUCUCCCUCAUCGAGAACCGGCACGACUUUACGCCCGUCCAGAGAAAUCUCUCCCUCACACUCGCGGACGAGCAUCCCCUCGUGAAACUCAGCAUUUCCCCCCGGAGUUUUCAGUCGGAGCCAAAAAUCCGCGGGGAGAAGCACCUCAUCCAUUUCAUGAACGUCCUCAAGAGCAUCUCUGCAGACGGGAUUUUCAAGUACGAUAUGCGCGUGUACGAGCCGUCUCUUUUCCUCCUUUCCUGCCUCCUGAUCACGCACAGCAGCUGGAAAGUGCGGAAUACUGCUCUUAUGCUCUACACCGUCCUCAUAAAGAAAAUGUGCAAGGAGACGCUAAACUCCCGGGAGGAUGCGAAGUACUCGAAAGUAUCUGUUUGCAAGAAUUCGAGAAAAGUCCUUUUCGACUGUCUCCAGCACUUCCAACGGGCAGGGAGUGCUGACGGGAUCUUUUCCUGCCUCGUCUUCUUCUGCCGCGUGAACGUCAUCGACGCGUCCGAGGAGAAGCUUCUCCUCGAAAUCCGCGGGGAGAGUGCGUGCAUGCGGACUCGCAGGAAAAUCGAGCAAAUCCUCUUCCGGAAAUCCCGGGAGUCCACUGAUCUCGUGCUUUCCCAACAUGAUCUCAUCCCGGAAACCGUUAAAAAUGCUCUUUUCGGAGUACCUGAAAUUUUUGGCCCUGAAAAAAUCUGUGCGGGUCAUUCAGGGUGUGCGAGUGCGGAGAGUGCCCUCCUCGAGGCCGUGGGGAGCGAGGAUGAGCACAUCCGGAGAUUCGCCCUCUCGAAAGUCGCCCCGGGAAUGUCCUACGAGCACGCACUUCGCCGGAUAAUCGAAAAUACCCGCUGCAAAAAUCACCUGAAAUCCCAUCUCCAGGAAGCCCAGGAAGCCCACGCUCUGCACUGGGGAAGUGAAACCUCCCCCUUCCCGGAGGAGCCUAAAAACCUCUUUCGAGACCUCCCGUACGAGCUCAGUCUCCUCUCGCCCUAG